GUCUUCUACACUUGCUGAGACUUUGUCUCUAUGUCAGGGGAACCCCCUCUUCUGAUCGAUCAGCUUGGGAUCUGGCAUGUGAUCGCGCUCGCGUGACCUGUCAGCUGUCACGUACCGCGGCCCGGGCUGCCGUGCCGAGCGCUUCUCUCUGAUGGGCACAUGGUCAGGUGUCCCAUUGUUCCCACUGUCUCAGUUUCCUAUUGUUCUCCAAACAGCCAUUGUACUUAUUGUUCCCAUUGUUCUUUGUUUGUCGCUGCGCGCUCUAUUGUUCUUGUAUCAUAUAAAUAGUGGCGCCUGGCAAGGAGAAUCCCCAACACGGUUUCUCUUUGGAUUCUCCCUUGCCAGGUAUGCCGGUCUUGUACCUAGCUACCACUAUUAUUCACUUUGGAUUCUCCCUUGCCAGGACUCUGACAUUGGGCCUCGAGGUUGCCCUUACAGCAGAAACCGUGUUCCUAGGGAUAACCAGACAAGACUGCGAGGUUUGACG